AUGUGGUCAGAGUCAUGUGCUAAGGUGGACUUACAGUUUCCCCUGAUCCCUGGUCAUGAGACUGUGGGCGUUGUGGCAGCUCUCGGUGACAAGGUCAAAGGCUUCAGUAUUGGCGAUCGUGUAGUUGCAGACAACUCGGAGCUCUGUGGUGAAUGCUUCUACUGCCGUCGUGGUGAAGAACUCCUUUGCGAAGACUUUCAAGCCCAUGGUGUGACCAUGGAUGGAGGCUUUGCAGAGUACUGCGCGUACCCGGCGAAGAGAGUCUUCCCAAUCAAGAAUCUCUCGGAUGUUGAUGCCACUCUUCUCGAACCUGCUUCCUGUGCAGCCCACGGUCUCGACAAGAUUGCACCAAAGAUGGGAUCCAGCGUGCUGAUGUUCGGAGCGGGACCUACGGGAUUGGUGUUGACACAGAUGCUUCGUCAAAACGGCGGGUGUCAUGUUGUUGUGGCGGCACCAGAGGGAUUGAAGAUGGACCUGGCCAAAUCAUUGGAUGCAGCGGAUGAGUAUGUGGCACUCUCUCGUAAGGAUCCUUCGGCACAAUUUGAGCAGAUCAAGAAGGACAACCCCUAUGGCUUUGACAUUGUGGUUGAAGCGACUGGCAGUGUCAAGAUCUUGGAAGACUCGAUCAAUUAUGUGCGGAGAGGUGGCAAACUUGUGGUGUACGGAGUGUAUGCCAACAAGGAUCGUGUGUCAUGGCCACCCAGCAAGAUCUUUGGAGAUGAAAUCACCAUCCUAGGAUCCUUCAGUGAGACAUACAAAUUCCCCGCAGCCAUAGAUUAUCUCGGUAUGUUUUCCCUGGUCUUCCAACUCUUGAAUGCGCUGGUGACAGAGAAGCUAACGAUGGCGAUGAACAGACAAGGGCAAGGUCAAGGUCAACGGUAUUGUCAAUAA